UGGUACGUUACAUAGUGGCUUAGUGGAAGAGGUUGUGCUCUUACUAUGCAGGGCUAAUCUUUUGUACGCUCGUAAAAUGCGAAUAAAGGGGAAAACAUUCAGAUUUUAGUGCUCGCGGAGCGGGAUUUGCCAUCCGUUUCGCACCUGGUGGCCAAUUCCCAUCCCGCGAAGAAUGGCUCGGUGCCACAGUUGUAAUGUGCAGACAGAGGCUCGGGGAUUUCCUCGCUUGCUUGCAUCGCAUUGCUUGCUUGCUUGUUUUUGUAGGCGGGGAGUUGUUUGCCACUUUCACACGAGCGGGGCGCCGAGAGGUUGAGUCGCGGAAUGUCAAGAGCGUGUAACCAGCUUGUAACCUGUGCAGGUUCCCCUUUGCCAUAAUUAGUUUGCUCUGUGUUAUUACGCCCGGUGUGCUUUGCUUGCCCACCGUGUCUGAGCGCCUCUCUGUGGGGUUUGUCAACUCAUGCGCUUCUCGCUGGUCAAACCUGCUGCUUCAUCACCUCGUUGUGCGAAGGAACGAGCCAGCCAGCGGUGUUGCCAGAUCAGAACAACCAGCAGUACAGGUGGAGGCUUCUCUUGUGGCAUGAAUACCAUAAACAAAGGAAACAAGGCCUUAAAGGUGAAGCGGGAGCCUGGGGAAAAUGGUACCAGUCUAACGGACGAUGAGCUGGUCACCAUGUCGGUGCGCGAACUAAACCAGCAUUUACGGGGGCUCUCUAAAGAAGAGAUCCUGCAGCUAAAGCAGAGGCGGCGCACCCUGAAGAACCGUGGCUACGCCGCAAGCUGCCGGGUGAAGCGGGUCACCCAGAAGGAGGAGCUGGAAAAGCAAAAAGCCCAGCUGCAACAGGAAGUGGACAAGCUGGCAACAGAGAAUGCAAGCAUGAAGGUGGAGCUGGAUGCUCUGCGCUCAAAGUAUGAAGCCCUCCAAAGCUUUGCCAGGACUGUGGCGCGCAGCCCCGUCACUACAGGAAGGGGACCCAUGGCCUCCGUGAUAGGGCCCCUCAUCCCUGGUAAAGUAGCUGCCACCAGCGUCAUCACCAUCGUCAAAUCCAAAACGGAGGCCAGGUCGUAGUAGCAAAACAGGCAAAACAGAUUUUCACUUCUGAACUAGUCAGUGCAUUUUAACACGGUCCAGGGUCUCCUGUGUUUUUCGUUUUAUUUGAACAGUCAUAAAAUGCUUCCUGAUUCACUCUGAGCAAUGCAACUCAGCAGUCGUCCAUUUUCUAAGAUGAUUUUGUUCAUCUUUAUUUACCUCUGAUUUCUUAAUACUGACUCAAUCAAAUCUAACAAGUUAAGGCCCUCUUGCUUGUUAUUUUGCACUGACUUGAAUAAGGAUCAAUAAUGAAAGGUCACUUUCUUGGUCUUAAUGCUACAGAAGUCUUCAAAACAACUAACCCAAAACUAGCAAUUUAAGUCCAACUUGUGAUAUUUCAGUUUSUUUUGUUUUGGUGUUGGGUGUCUCUCAGUGAUAUAGGCAUAAAGCAAUGCUGACAAACCUAGCGUUCRUUUCCGUUUAUGCAUCCGUGAAAGGCUUCAGUGAAGUUGUCAUUAUCGACAUGACUGGUAGAUGCAAUAAUAUAUGUAUGCACUGAAAACACACAUGGAAAAAAAAAAAAAAAGAGAUCUUGCGUAUUUAUCUUAGCGAUAUUGUUCCAGAGCUGAGUGCCAUUCCAGUAUGACAAGAUUCCGCUACAAUGUCCGAAAACCUGAAUGUUGAUACAGUGAUACCCUCACGAUUUGUGAGGACACUCAUUUUGGUCAUAGAGAAAAUACGUCGUUUUCUUUAAAAGAUAUCUCUCUCUCUCUCUAAAUAUAUAUUACAUUUUUUUGUAAUUACUUCUUAACAUGUCCGUCAAAUAUUUCCAAAAGAACGUCUUUACACAAGCUUUACUGUUUGAAUUGUUAAAGUGUAGAAAACUUUGUCUAUCACCGAGUUCUUGGUUUUUAUUACUUGGUAGAUCAAACUCCAUUGUUUAUAGAAAUACAGAAAAAGAAAACUCAUUAAAAAAAAAUCCUGUGACAUCUUUUUUGCAAUUGUACCGAAAGUGGCUUAUUAUUGAAGUCUGAUAGCUUUUUUCUAGUGACUAGGCGCGUACAGUGGGGUAGCGCGUAAUGUGACGUAUAAGUGGCAAGUUGGCGGUGUUGUUCACUGUAUAGAUGUCAACGCUGUGCUAUUUAAAAAAAACAACAAAAAAAAAA